CCGACUCAUGUUUAUUCUGAACUUUGGGAUAUCUACGUUCGCAACGUAGAUCCAGUCAUGAAACUCUUACACGUUCCAACAGUACGGUCGGUUUUUUUCGCCGCCACAAACAAAGACCUUCCAGCAACUGAUACGACAAGGGCAUUGCUAUAUGCUAUGUCGUUUGCAGCUACCACCACUAUCUCAAGGGAAAGGACCCUAAGCCAGUUUGGAAUUGAACAGUUAUCACUCCUCCGCCACUUCAUGCACCAAAUGGACCAAUCGUUAAUGAAAGCCAAAUUCCUAAUCUAUCCCGAUCUGCAGACUCUUCAGUCGCUUGUAAUCUAUUUGACGGCCUUGCGUACACACGAUAUCGGAAGGCCUGCGUGGGUCCUUGUAGGGAUAGCAAUCCGCUUGGCAGAGUCACUUGGCCUUCACCGGGACGGAUCUCGGUUGGGACUAAGCCCUUUCGAUACAGAGAUGAGAUAUAGGCUAUGGUGGCAAUUGUCUGCCCUAGAUUACAGCGCACCAGAAGACCACGGAUUUGAUUCUACCAUUCUCGAUCGCAAACAACCACUUCGGCUACCUCUAAACAUCAAUGACGCCGAUCUCUCCCCAGAAAUGUCGACCCUACCGGAUAGCAAACACGACUGGACAGAAAUGACCUUUACUAUUGCAAACUUUGACGUUUGCCAAAGUUUGUGCCAAAGUUUGAGACAAGCCGUCGCCGUAACAACUUUAAAGGACACGCAGACAAAGGAGAAGUCACUACAGGAUGCGGAACAGAAUAUCUUUCAGAAGUGGUUCCGGUUCGCUGAUCUUAAAAUACCAAUAUGCGCUGCAGCAGAAGCUAUGUUUCGACUGUCAGUCAUGAAAUCGCGAUUCAAUCUCGCUUUGCAAUCCUGGCUCCAUAAACGCGAAAACAGGUCUACCGCAACGUCAAGAUACCAUCAAUUUCCUCAAUCGAUCUUCCUCAUGGGUGUCGAUCUUCUUGAGUACGGAUACUUGCUACAGUCUGGAAAACUCUUCCAAGAGUUUGCCUGGUUUUUCCGGCGACAUCCAGAGCUAUACGCCUUGUUUCUCGUGUUGCACUGCUUAAAGGAUGACCCGCAGAAACUGGAUGCCGAGCGUGCCUGGAAAGCCGUUGAU